AUGGCGAUCGCCGGUUUGCAGAGACUCUCUUCUCAAAUCUCCCGAAACCCUAACCUUUCUCUCUAUUCACGCGCCAUCAUCUCGCGUUCAUCUGCAACAACAUCUUCAUCGGCCAAAGUUUCAGAUCGAAUCGUCAAGCUCACAGCGUACGAUUUCGACGGCCAAAAGCGCGAGAUCGUCGGCCUCUCCGGUCAAACGCUUCUCAAAGCUUUAACCAACAAUAACCUCAUUGAUCCGGCCUCUCAUCGUCUUGAAGACAUCGAUGCCUGUUCCGCCGAGUGCGAAGUCAACAUCGCUGAAGAGUGGCUCGAGAAGCUCCCGCCGGCGUCGUAUGAUGAACAGUAUGUGUUGAAGAGGAAUGCAAGGCAUAGGAUUCUGAAUAAACAUUCGAGGUUGGGGUGCCAGGUUGUACUCACGCAGGAGAUGCAAGGGAUGGUUGUUGCUGUGCCUGAGCCUAAGCCUUGGGACACUCCAUAA